AAAUCGUCUGUGGCACAAAAAUAUCGAAAGCGCUCGCUGACGUUAACCCACCUCUAGCUGAAAAAAUGGCUGAAAUCCAAGUGUGUGUGUAAAGGAAACUGUGUGUGAAAAAUUUGAGUUUGUUACCAAUUUGGAAAUACCGACGUUGGGGCUACAAAAUACAGGAGCAUUGCCCACUGGCCACAGCAUCUGCCCUUUAAACGAGUCAUCACGGAAGCUGUUGAGCGAUAAACGCCAGGCGGAGUUCCCGAAAAUUGGCAAUUGAUGCCACUCACGGAAAUCGGCACUCGGCACCCUGCACCCUGCACUUUUCGGUCACAGCGGCCUGCAAUUACAGACAAGCCAGGCCGAAAGGCGACUACGCGGACUCCGGCUGGGCAUCGUAUCGAAAAUGUGGCUACCAGGCCGAGAGCAGAGACUAGCAAGAACGAAUAACUAGAUGCAAAUCGUGCAAAUAGCACUCCCUAUAUGUAAUAUAUAUGUAAUACACACGCGCCUGCCCUGCCGACAGUGUACACACAACAAUAUAUCGGCUUGAUACACACAUACGCAGUUGCAUCAGCAUGUCCGACCGUGAUUCCGAUGCCGUAUCCGACGCUGGUCCUCGCCUGAGUCAGCAGCGCGGGCAGCGGAACCGGCGCAUCAUAAUGCGGAUCGAGUUCAAGGACUCGGAGGAUUCGGCGUCGGAUCAAGACCGGGAUGACCGCCCCUCCUGCUCCGCGGCGACGCGCCUGAGACGCAGCACCCGUCGACAGGAGGUGGCUUCGCAUUCGGAUUCCGACUCCGUGCCCCGGAAGUCUACGCGGAAGCUGCGCAAUCGCUACGGGCCGCGGAGCGAUUGCUCAUCCAGCGGCAGCGAUAUCGAUCAACUGCCGACGAGAACCAGAAAACGAAAGAAGGUAGAGUCCUCCGAUGAGGAGGAGCCCGAGCGGACGCCCAACGCGGUUGGAAGAAUCCAACCCAUGCCCGCUGACCCCGACGACGGCUUCAGUUCCGACAUCAGCAGUAACGAUCUGCUGGAGAAGUGCCCCAUUUGCUUGCUCACUUUCCGGCAGCAGGAGAUUGGUACGCCAGCAACAUGCGAGCACAUAUUCUGCGCGGCCUGCAUCGACGCCUGGUCCCGAAAUGUCCAAACUUGUCCCAUUGAUCGCAUUGAAUUUGACCGGAUUAUCGUGCGGGACUCGUACGCUAGUCGCCGGGUGGUGAGAGAAGUGAGGUUGGACCUGAGUAAGUCCAAUACUGAAUUGGUGGUAGAUGACGAGGCAGACACCGCUGCGCUUUCCGAAGAGGAGGUCACCAACUGCGAAAUCUGCGAAAGUCCGGAUCGGGAGGAUGUAAUGUUGUUGUGCGAUAGCUGCAAUCAGGGAUACCACAUGGACUGCCUAGACCCGCCGCUGUACGAGAUCCCAGCUGGGUCGUGGUAUUGCGACAACUGUAUUGACUCCGACGACGAGGAUGAUAAUGAGCAGCUGGAGCUGGCUGACGACUUGGAUCAGCUAUACGAGGAUAUUAGAGGUAUGGGCUUGCCGGAGACUCGUCUCAGGGUACGUGAGGUGCAGGAACCGCCAAGAAUCCUGCGCACCCGUCAAAACGAACGCAUAAGGGCUGCUGUACUGCGACGUACUCGCUCGGGCGCUACGUCGGCGGAAGAUUCCACACUGACCCGGACUCGUACCCGCACCACCACCACAACAACAACCACUACUACAACUACUCGGCGCACAACCACAAGCACGAAAAAAAGACCUGUUCAGCGGCGGCGACGGAGAAGGACUCGCUAUCGCACCUACGUGGUCGAGUACGAUCUAAACAACUUUGACGAAAAGUUCGCCCUUAAAACCAGCAAGAAAGUGAUAAGACGGCGUAGGCGUCGGCGUCGUCGUGGAGUCGCCACUGCCUCUAGUGAGGGGCCUGGUCGACGUCUUUCAGCCAGCAAGCGACUUGCAGAGCAGAUGGGAGUAAAAUCGGAAGGAUUUCAAAGUUCUCAUCUAAGUGGUGGAACAGCCUCCAGUUUCUCGCUAUUUGGCAAUGCGAACGACCUGGAGUAUUUCUCCGAUAGUGAGCCAGACGCAGUGAGCCAGAUCAGUUCUGCUGGACUCGGAUCGACUGCAGUGCAAACCUCAGUGCGCAUUGGAAGCAUUGGAGCACCGCGCAUCCGUAAAGCCUUGCUCCAAGGCAAGGCGCGCAUAGCAGCGCCGCCCACAGCUCCGACUUCAGCUCCCGCUGCAGACAUACUGUCUAGCAUUUUGGAUUUGCAGGAUCGCUGGCACGAUGCUUCACGUAACCUAGGCGAAGUGCAUAUUAGGGCGGACGGUACCCUCAAUAUUCCCCAGAGACCUGCACCUACAGCGACGGAAGCGCCUUUACCGAAAGCAGGUACUUCUAAGACCGAGAAGCAUUUAACCCAGGCACCGCUUUACCAACAGGGAGGAGGAGGACCUAACUACAACAGAGGCGGAGGAGCAGGCUCAAGUGAUAGUUACAACAAUCGUUACAGCGGCAAUACCAGUUACCGCGGAGGUGGUGGAGGCGGCGCUGGAGGAUCUAGCGGUGGUAGUGGUGUGCCCAGCAGUAGCGGGGAAGCUUCCUCGCGACACUUGACCGGUGAAGGAGACGGCCAAGGAGGCGGUGGCUUUGGCAACCAAAACUUUAGCAGCUCCGGCUCCAACAACAACACUAAUAUGUCAAGCUUUAUUCCGUUCCAUCUGCGAUUCAACACGCCCACCCGCCAGCAGCAACCACGACAGCAAAACGUGCUGCCAGCUAACCAACCCACCCCGCCUUUCCCUGGAAGUGCACCGCCUCCAGCCCCAGUAGCGUCGUCAUCAAACAAUUUUUCGGGACAGACUCCAAUGUUUGCAGCUCCCCUCAAUCAUCAUCCUGCACCAGUGAUGGGUAUGCCAGUUGUGCUGUCCAUACCACCUCCGCCUAUGCCACCUGCCAGCCUUCCAUGGAACAGUCCUCUCUUCAAGAUAACCCCACUCCAGCAAGCACCGGCCAAAUCCAACGAUGGCAACCAAAACGACGAUGUUGACAACUGCCCAAACUUCUCAAUUUACUCGCAGGAGUCGCAGGCGGUUGCUAAUGCCUCGGCGAUGCCGUCAGGGGUUCCACACGGACCAGCGGAUGCAUCUGAUAAGUUUUUAAAACCAAAUAUAAUGUUAUUGAAACCAAAGCAAGCAAUAUAAUUAGUUAAGAUGAUGACGAUAUGAAUGAAGAUUUAGUACAAUUAGAUGAUGAUGAUGAGGAUACGGAUAUACCAUUGCCUUUGGGGCCUGAGCCCGAACCCGUUCCCGAAAAAGUCCCGAAAAGUAGUGAUGAUGACCUCUACGAGCCAGAGAAUCCAACCGAAGAACCUGAAGAACCCGAAAUGUUCGAAGAGUCCUGUGACGCUGUUCCAACGGAGAAGUCCGAGUCCUCAGAUCACGAGCCAAGCAACUCCAACGUGCAAGCUGCAGCCCCAGAGGAAAACGAUGCUGAGGAAGCUAGGACGCGCAGCACUCCCAGCCCACUGGUCAAAGAGGAUCGCGCUGCGGAUCGAGAUCGGGCCAAGGGAGUACUCGAGCUUUAUGAUGAUAGCGACUGGGAGGAGUUAGACAUUGACAAACCGAAAGAGUUCGAGAAGGCACUGCUUACGGAAACGGAGGCACAGGUCAGCCCCAAGAGAGCUCCGUCUAAGCGACCACCAUCAAAAAAGGAUACAAGCUUAGAGAGAGAUGUCAACGAAAGCGGUAGCGAGCACGAGCAGGAUCGCUCGUACACGCCCUGUCUGGACGAAAAAAAUUUGGCAGAGGAGGAAGAGGCUGGGACAACGCAUCAAAACAAUGUAAGUACGAGUCCCAAGACUCGAUCCUCUAAAGUUUCCGGCGACGAGGAUGAGCCAGAGAAAGCUGUCGGUACGGAUAUUCAGUCAGAGGACGAAUUGAACAACGAAAACGAGUCACCGCGACGCAGUCGAAGCCGUGGCACGGCUAACAAUAAAAAAGACAAGUCAAAGUCGCGUUCAAAACGCAACAAGGGCGAGACUUUCAAAAAGGUCGGCAAGCGGCAAAAGGAUCGCAACUAUCGUGGAGACAAGUCGGAGCCAGAUCGGAGCCCGCGUCCAGACUCCAGGAGUCUCACUCCAAAGAUGCGUUCUAAGAGCCCGAGAGUCAGCAAGAGCAUUAGUCGCAGUAGGAGUGGAAGCAGGAGCAGAUGUAAGAGCAAGAGUUUUAGUAGAAGCAGAAGUCGUUCCCCAAGUCGCAGUAGGAACAGGCGUCGACGUAACAGCCGUUCCAAGUCCUACUCCCGCUCUCAUUCUAGGUCUCGAUCGCGUUCGAACUCGCAUAGCCGCCAGAGAUUUUCCUUUCGCGGAAGGGACCACCAGCGCGGCUUUUUCCGUGGCCGUGGAGGCCUCCGUUUAAACUACCGCAACCAGCAGUUCCACAACAGGCCGUUCCAGCAUUACGGCCAAAAUUAUCACCAGAACCAAAACUACCACCAUCAGCACAAUCAGCACCAAAAUUACUUUCCACCCAAUCAGCAUGGCCAGCAUCAGCAGUACUUUCAACGUCCCAAACGAAGGGAACUACCUCGCUAUGAUGUUCGAAAUGUGGUGGGCACAUCGAGACAUCAGACACAGGCCAAGGAUCGCUAUGGACGCGACGCAAUGCGGUCGCACAGAAGUCGUUCGGGAAGGCGAAACUCACGCAGUUUCUCACGUAGUGUUUCUCGUGACUCGCGGGUCUCCCUGCGCUCCCGAUCUGGUUCCCCCAAGCGACGCAGCUUUAGCAUGUCGCCCACGCCACCGCCAGGAACGUCACCUCCUCCUCAUAAACAUGGUAGGGGCCGUCAAACCUCUACGAACAGACGCUAUGCACGCUCACCCUCACCGGCACCGUCUCCCCGCAAUGAAAGGGCGACUAGUCCAGUUCAAUCAGUUCACUCCAGAAGAUCGCGCUCGCACACUCCCAACCGCAUCAACGGAGAUGGUAAUAGAUCAUCCCUAUAUAUGGGCUCGCCACACUACACGCCACGGAUAAGUCGCAGCCGCAGCAGAAGUCGUUCCAAGAGUCCCAAGGAUAUGCACAAGAAGAAAAAAAAGAAGUCAGAUAAAAAGAAAAGGAGGAAGAGGACGGGCAGCAGCAGUCCGACGACAGCAGCGCGGAUGCGUCGCAUCUCGCGGCAACGUGAUCCCUUCGAGGAUGCCGACGACUUCCUCGCUCCCCAGAGAAAACGAAAGAAGGCAGGAAUAACGACUGGUCAGUGGUCACCAUCGCCAUCACCCGGUCGCUGCGAUUUCCUGCACGACAGCGCCCUUCAGGACAAAAACUCGUCUUGGACGCCCCCACUUGGAACGCCCAAGGGUGGCCAUUAUAAUAACGAUGGCGGGCUAACACCCAAAAAAACCAAGCGUAAGCGGGACAAGAGCAAAAAGAAAAGAAAACAGCAUCAGUUGGAGAAGCCACGCAAAGAAAAGAAGCGUAAACGUCGUACCCAGACACCAGAACCUCUGCCAUCGAAGGAGGUAUUUGCUUCGGGCAACAAUAUUCUGGUUAGCGUAAGUUUCAACAAAGAGUCGAACACAAACAAUGCUAGCGCCACGCUGAGCUCCCAGCAGCAGUCUGUAGUUACAAUCCCACCCGGCAGGGAGGAUCUGCUAAGCAAUCGCAUGACGUCCAUGACGUCCAUGGCGUCCAUGGCAUCCAAUAGCAACAUUUGCAGUGCUGUGGGAGCAGUAAAGAAGACGAAGCGCAAGCGUAAAAAGUUGGAGGCUAAGCCAGUGGCUAUCAUCGAUCUGGAACGCUCGCCCUUUCAAGUUCAUCAGGAGCCGGCAGAUGUCAUUGUGCUCACAGACAGCGAGGAUGCGACAGAGCCACUCUCAUCAAGAAGGGAGAGGGAGCGCGACAGGGAUCACGAGCUAAUGAGGGAAAAUGGGCAAAGAGAGAAGACUCCCCAGGUCGGAUCCUUGGACGCAAUCAUGGAGACCUCGUAUGAGAACAUGACGCAGUCAACGGGUCCUAAGACACCACCUGAACCACCUCUCGUCAAGUUCAACCUGCCUACCAAAAAGAUCCAGCACAAGGUGCGCAACAACCCUCUUCACGAAGACGUUGACGAUAUUAACUCUGCGGACGAGCUGGAGGCGUCAUGUUCUAUGGCGCCUGCGGAGCAGACUCCCCAGCACGGCCAUGCCAGUCACGAUGGCGGUCAGAAGAUUGGCCCUAAUACACCGCCAGAGUCGGGACCGUGCUCACCAGAUGCCUAUGAUCCCUUCGAGCCCACCAAGUCGCCCUCACUUUCGCCACGUUCGCCGACACUAACUCCGAGUCAAAACCUAGAUCAGCAAACAGUUAGUAUGCCAGCGAGUGGCGCAAUCGGACCGGGAUCUGGCGACAAGGGAGAGAGUGAUGGCGCCCAUGUAACCGGGUCAAAUGCGAGCACCAACACUCAGGCACAGGGGAACGCCCUUAAUCCGGUUGAUCUGGUGAUGGCGCUGAUGAACAAACCGAACCAGAGCGGGUCCAUUCAGCAAGAGAGUGAGGUGAGCUCCGCCCAGUACAUCAGCAGUAGUUCCCUCAGCCUGUCCCUGGGCGUUGGGUCUAGCACGGGCGGCGGCGGAGGAGGUGCUGGCGGAGGCGACAACCAUGACAAGACAGCCGAUGGGAAGACCAUAACCGUUCUUUCUAACGUGCUGCUCACGAGCAGCAGCGUGGUGUCGAGUUCGCAGCACAUACCUUCAAUUUCCAGUCCCACACCUCCUUCUAAGAAGCUCACUCCAUUGCCCAAGGCCGGAGGCAGUGUGGCCAGCAGCAGCAGUGGGGUCGGCAACAUCCCCACCACGAGUAGCGGAAUAGGUGGCACCCGAAACGGAAGUGGCCUCGGAAAUGCCGGAGGAUCCAGCAAUGCUUUAGACGACUCCUUCAGCAUGGAAAUCGAGAGUCCUUACUCGCCGGGCUCGGCGGACUACGAAGAUCUGUUCGAGCCACCCAUUCCAUUGGAAGCCAGCAGGCGAGCAAAGGGUGGAGCAACCGGAGGCAAGGUAGAAAUUUUCGACAACCUGUUCGGAAGCAGUUCGCCCAUUAGUAACAUCCGGAUGACUUCCCGGUACAACACAGCGGUGGGCAAAAAGUCAAAUCGCACCAAGGCCGACCGAAAAUCAAAAGUAAAAGGUGCACGGAAUCCUGAUUUUUAUGACGACGUGCCGAACUCGGCGACAGAUCUACAAAAUAAGGAUAGACUUUUACGGAAGCUAAAUCGGCAGGAACGCGUUGUUGAGGAGGUGAAACUGGUGUUGAAGCCCUACUUUAACAAGAAAGCAAUUACCAAGGAUGACUACAAGGACAUCAUGCGGAGAGCCGUUCCAAAGAUCUGCCACAGUCGGUCAGGUGAGAUCAAUCCGCACAAGAUUAAGAAUCUUAUUGACGCCUACGUGAGAAAAUUCCGGGCCAAGCACAAGAAGUUGAGUCUCCUUAACACAGGACAAGUUAGCAGUGCGGUUAAGUGUGCCGCCUAUUUAAAGAAACUGUAAGCGAGCAAGCGAUCGCAUAGUAUCAGACACGUUGAAUAGGAAGAUCAAUAGAAUUUGCGCUCGCAUGCAUUCCUACAAUCUACCAUCAGAUGAAACCAACAAUAAUCACCAGCAACCAACGCAAAACUAUGGGAAAAUAAAAGAAAAACUCAUAAACUGUCAUUAUCUAAUGGAAUUUAGUUGUUAAGUCAAUUUUAGGUCACAUGAUUACGAAUGAUUUUUAGAACGUAAGCAAAAAAGGUAGAAGUGAAUAUUUUUAAAUAAUACGCAAAAGCAGGUUCACCACCCAUUUUUCGGUUACCCAAAGCACUGCAAAACUUUUUAUUUAUAUCAAGACUAGUUCAUUAGAUUGUUAAUUUAUACGACACCUGUAAUGAUAAUAUUAUAAUUGUGUCGGAUGAGCGCACUAACCAAUUGUAAGUAGUUAAGCGAAGGCAAACCCAAUUCGUAUUUUACCUCUGAUAAUUUAAACAUUUAAAUUAAAACACAUCUGCGAAAAAUGAUUGAUUUAUAGCCACGACAAAUUGGCUUGCACCAAAUAAGGCGGUCAAAUAUUUUUCUUGAACGAAUUGUAAUUGAACAAUUGUAAUUAUGUAUUCAUACGAAUAACUGGAAGGGCAAUUUAGCUAAUGCAGUUCAUCUAUUAGGCACUUGAUUUCGCAUCGUGCGCCAGUCAUACCUUUUUGCAACACGAUUGAUAACAGUAUAUAUACAUCUGGAAAUUGUGCUAAAUCGAUUUGUAAAUAUCUAUAUAAAUAAAAGCGAUCAAUAACU